GUUGUUAUGUGGCUGCGAGCAGCACAAAGCAUGCGCCGCCGCAUGCGUUUGCUGCUGCAGCUGCUGCAGGCGGCCCCACAAGCAGCAGCAGCAGCAGCAGCACCAGGUGCAGCAGAAAUGAAACCAAGUGCAGCAGCAGCUAACGGAAAGACUUCUGCAUGCAACAACACGCAGCAGCAACUGCAGCAGAUAAAGCAGCAGCCGUCCUUCCUCCGCAUUAUGAAAGACCAGAGCGGGGCAGCUGCUGCUGCUGCUGACGCGAGCAGCAGCAGCAGCAGCAACAGCAGCAGCGGCAGCAGCAGCAGCAGCAAGGGCGGCCUGUGGGGCGAUCCUGCAGCACUAGAAGGCGCGCGAAUGGUGCUUGUGCUGCCGCAGCAGCAGCUGGAGUUUGACGGCGAAUGUUUAGCUGCAGAGCUGCAGCAGCUUGGUACAGCCAUGAGCAGCAGCAGCAGCAGCAGGUACAGCAGUAAUGGGGUUAAGAGGGGUGUCUCUAAACAGCUGCGGCUGUCUCUAAACCCCACAUGGGCAGCCUUAGAAGCUCUGCUGUCGUGGCUGCAGCUGGCAGCUCAGGCUGCUGCUGCAGCAGCAGAUGCACUCAUCACCUCACUGCAGCAGCAGCAGCAACAGCAGCAGCAGGACGAAGAACAGGCGUCGAAAGCAGCGAACGCCUCCGCCGGCAAAGACGAGAGCCAGCAACAGCAGCAGCAGCAGCAGCAGCAGGGGGCGGCGCUGCAGCAACGGCAGCAGCAGCAGCAGCAGCAGCGGGCGGCGCUGCAGCAACGGCAGCAGCAGCAGCAGCAGCGGACCGCUAGGGAAAUCGUGACUUGCUGCAGCAAAAUAAAACGAGAUAUAGAGCAGCUGAUGAACAGCAGCAGCAGCAGCAGCAGCAGCAUACGCGGAGCCCUGCAGCAGCACUGCUGCGCCCCGCUCUUACAACCGAAUCUGCAGCAGCAGCAACAGCAGCAGCAACAGCAGCAGCAGCAGGCAGCUGCACUCUCCAAAGUUGUUCUUCCGCAGCCUCGGCAGCAGCGCGGCAGCAGCAGCUGCGUUGUCCAGGAUGCAGCAACAGCAGCAGCAGCAGCAACCGCAACAGGUGCAGCAGCAGCGGGUGCAGCAGCAGCAGAUAAGGCUGCUGCUGCUGCUGCUGCUGCUGCAUCAGACGACCUUGUUCGGGAGUUCAUUCGAGGAGACUGUCCGCUUCUGCUGGUUGAUGAUUUAUUAGGGGCAGAAGCAGCAGUGCGCCGUGUAGCUGCAGGCAUUACCAGCAGCAGCAGCAGCAGCAGCACGAAGCUGCAGCGGACGUCUAAUGUGUUGGUGCUGCUGCCCUUCGUGUCGCCUUCAAGGUGUGGGGCCGAGCAGCUAGCUAAGCAGCUCAGCAGCUUCUGCGGGGGCCUCCAGGAUCUGCUGCUACAGCAGCAGCAGCUGCUCCUGCAGCAGCUCCCUCUGCUGCAGCAGCUGCAGCAGCAGCAGAGGCGAAGCCCAGGGCCCACAGUACGUACGUCUGUCUGCCUCUGUCUGCCUCCUCCAGUCAGUGUCACCACCGGCAGCAGCAGCAGCAACAGCAGCAGCAGCAGCAGCAGGGACUGCUGCAUGCGUUGCUGUGUCUCCCUUGCAGAGGAGGCAGCAGCCAGAGUAGUUGAGUGCCGCCUCAGAGGCAACAGCAGUAAACUUCGGGGCAACAUCAGCAGCAGCAACAGCAGCAGCAGCAGCAGCACAGCAGCAGCAGCGGCAGCAGCUUCGUCUGCUUCUGCUGCUGAUGCCAGUUUGCUGCUGCCCCCAUAUCUCGAUGUUUCACUUGCUGCUGCUGCUCUUUGGUUUGCUGCUGAGCAUGCAAGCGGAGACUCGGCUCUGCUGCCAGCCUCAGCAGCAACUGCAGCAGCAGCACCCGUUGCUGCAGCAGCAGCAGCAGCAGCAAAGACAACCGCUGAGGGGAGCAGCGAGGUGGUGAGUGUGGGGCGCGCUGCUGUGUUGGCGUUAAGAGCUUUAGAGAAGAGUGAGCGGCAGCAGCAGCUACCGCUGCUGCUGCCGCUGCCGUGCAGCAGGUUGCAGCAGCAAGACGCAGCAGCAGCAGCAGGGCCAGCAGCAGCAGCAGAGGCGUUAUGUCCUCGCUUCCCGCUGCAGCAACCGCUUGAGCUGCACCUGGAGUGCGGAGAAAGCAACAGCACCAGCAGCAGCAGAAGAAGCAACAUUAGCAGCUAUUGCUGCAGCGACGAGGCUCUGCAGCAGCAGCAGCAGCAGCACAGAUGGGAGAAGCAGACAGCCUCAGGCAGCAGCAAUAGCGUAGAUAUGUUGCUGCUGCAAGCAGCAGCAAGUUGUGGGGUCCCCUUCGCCUUUCAGAAGCUGUUAAGAGCUGUACAGACACUGCGACCGGAGCAGCAGCAGCUGCUGCUGCAGCAGCAAGCAGCCAUAAGGCAGAUUGGAAGAAAGCGUGUGCGUCUGUCUCCUCUGCAGCUCAGCUGUCUCUUCUCUGAACCUUCCUGGGCAGACUUAUGCGACCUCGCGGACGCGCUGCAGCAGCAGCAGCAGCAACAACAACAACAACAGCAGCAGCAGCAGCAGCAGCAGCGGGCGCUGGCUUUGCAGGUGAGGGGCCCCCAGACAAUACUCAGCGGAAAGGGCCUCGAUCAGGUUACGCUUAUAGAGAGACGGCUGCUGCAGGUGCUGCCUCUGACAGCAGCAGCAGCAGCAGCAGCAAUAGAGUCAACAGAAGCAAACGUAGCAGCAACAGCAGCACAGUCAACAGAACAACCAGCAACAGGAGCAGCAGCAACAACAGCAGCUUCAACGGAACAAGCAGCAACAACAGCAGCACAGUCAACAGGACCGGUAGCAGCAGCAGCAGCAGCAGCAGCAGCAGCUGAUGGCUCGAGAGGGACUUGCGGGGGCGUCUCCUUGGAGUUGCUGCGGGUCUCUCUUUGCAGCUGUCUCUCUUAUGGAGAUGCGCUACUGCUGCUGCAGCAGCAGCAGCAGCAGCACCCUCACCCGCUGCUGCACUUCUACUGGUUAAUGGGCGCUGCUCACCCUGUUCCAGUGGUGUUGCUGCGGCAUCCGUGCUGCAGCAGCAGCAGCAGCAGCAGCAGCAGCAACAGCAGCAAGGGCGAGGAAGACAGCGUUGAUUUGUUUGUAGUUGCUUCUGCUACUGGUUUGCAGUGCGGGGUGGUGCUGACAGCCCCAGAGGCCUACUCCAUCCUCACGGAGGGGAGGCUGCAGCGGCUGCGCGCAUCUGUUGCUGAGACUUUUGCUUCUGCGUGGGGGUUGAGGGAGUCCGCCACUUUGUUAGCUGCCUGCGCAGCAAGACAAAGAGCUAGACAUGCUUACUCCAGCAGCAGCACCCAGCAGCAGCAGCAGCAGCAGCAGCAGCAGCAGCAACAGGAGGAAGGCUUCAGCUCGCUCUUGAAGUGGACCGGCAAACAGCAAGAGAUCCUCGUCUUCACAGCUCGUUACAUUUGCUGCUGCAGCAGCAGCACUAGCAGCAGUGAAUCAAGCAGCACCAGCACUAGCAGCAGCAGCGGUAGGAGCAGCAGCAGCGGUAGGAGCAGCAGCAGCAGGAGCUGCUGCAGUUGCGGAUCACUGCUGCGGGCGAGGGAGGCCAGUGCUCUCGCCUUAGCAGCAGCGGAGAGCUCAGGCGCCUUCGCUGCGCUGCAGCAGAUUCCAACAGCAGCAGCAGCAGGAGCAGCAGCAGCUGCUGCUGUCCUGUCCCCGCCAUCGCCCGAGACCAGCAGCAGCAGCGGCAGCAGCAACAGCAGCAGCAACGGCAACAGCAGCAGCGAAAGGAGACCGCAGGACGAAGGCUCCGCUGCUCUCGUCAAGGCAGAGCAAGGAAGCAGCAGCAACAGCAUCAGCAACAGCAUCAGCAACAGCAGCAGCAGCAGCAGCAGCAAAGGGAGCAGCAGCAAUACUUUUCUUUCUAAGAUGACGCGGAGUGUAGCGUCGCUGCUGUACAAAGCAGCACGUAGGAUUGAUGCUGCUGCUGCUGCAGGUGCUGCUUCUGCUGCAGCAGAACCAGCAGUACUACCAGCAGCAGCAGCAAGAGCAGCAGCAACAGGAGCAGCAGCAGCAACAGCAGCAGGGAGACAGCUCGACUAUGAACAGCCGCUGCUGGUGGCGCUGCAGCGAGUCUGUGGCUGCUUCCCUCAGGCAGCAAAGUUGGGGGCAGUUGAGCCCGUGCUGCUGCAUGUGCUGCCGGAAGCUGCUGCUGCUGCUGCGGCUGCUGCUGCCGCUGCUGAUGGCGGGUCUCCUUGCAGCAGCAGCAGCAGCACAGAAGCAGCAGCAGGCGAAUGGGUUAUAGGCUGGAGAGUCUCAGAGGCAGCAGCCAACUUCCUCGCUGAUGCAUUUAGCAGCAGCAGCAACAGCAGCAGCAGCAGCAGCAGCAAGGCCUUGCCGUGGCGGCUGCCGCUUCUGCAGCAAACAGAAGCAGCAGCAGCAGCAGCCCGCGAUCUGAAAUCCCGAUGGCUGCAGCAGCACAGCGAAGAGCAGCAGCAGCAGCAACAGCAGGACGUGGUGGAGUCGCAGGAGAGAGGGCCGCAGCAGCAGGCGAAGCAGCAGAAGCAGCAGCACCAGGAUCAGCAGCAGCAGCAGCAGGAGAAACAGCAGCAGGAGAAACAGCAGCAGGAGAAACAGCAGCAGAAGCUGCAGCAGCAGAAGCAGCAGCAGCAACCGCAGCAGCAGCAACAGCAGCGGGACUCUGCUGCAUCUCUUUCUCGUUUUGUUUCUGCAAAUAAAGUUGCUGCUGAUGGAUUUGUUGGCGGCCGCUGCCGCAUCCUUAUGUCUAGGGCAUUGCUAAAAGAACUAGGAGACUACUUGCUGCUGCUGCUGCAACAGCAGCAGCAGCAGCAGACGCAGCAGCAGCAGCAGCAGACGCAGCAGCAGCAGCAGAAGCAGCAGGAGGGCAGUCGCGGUGCUGCUUCGUGGUUUCCCUUGGGGAGCGUAGUUGAGGUCUUGCUGCAGCUAAACAGACUGAAGCAGCAGCAGCAGCAGGAAUUGCUGCAGCAGCAGCAGCAGCUACGGGAGAAUCCAGAAGCACUUGCAUACCACAAGAGACAGCAGCAGCAGCUGCUGCUCUUUCGAUUCCCUUGGGGGAGCCCUGGAGAGUCGCUGCUGCUGCUGCUGCUGCUGCUGCUGCGCGCUGCUGCUUUUCUACAGCCAUGGCGUAUACGAUUAACAGGCUGCUGCUGCUGCAGCAGCAGCUGCCAGCUGCUGCUGCAAGGAAAGAGACAGGUUGCUGUUCUGAUGUACGCAUGUUAUAUUUGUCUCCUUGAUACUAUCUGGGCCGCAUUUCCUGCUGCACCCUCUGCCAAGCAGCAGCAGCAGCAGCAGCAGCAGCAACAGAUCGUCCUACGGCAGCAGCAACAGCAGCAAAAGUUGCAACGACGCCAGCCGCAUGCAGCUGCAGCACUUGCGUCGCUGCAUCCAUCUCUGCCUCCUCCAGCUGAUCCUGCUGCUGCUGCUGCUGCUGCUGCUACGCCCGCAGCAAUUAAUGCUCGGGGGGUACAGCCGGACCUUAGGCAGCAGCAGCAGCAGCAGCAGCAGCAGCAGCAGCAGCAGCGCUCGUGUGCUGUAAAACACGAAACGCUGAGAGCUGCUGCAACGGCGGGGCACCCCUUGCAGCAGCAGCACCAAGCCUACCGUCAUCAUCAACAGCAGCAGCAGCUUCAGCAGCAGCAGCUGCAGCAGCAGCCGCGGAGAAUGAAUCACGCGUUGCAGCUAUACCCUGUCUUCUUGGGGUUAGGGGAAGACUCAGCGGCGUCACAUUCUGCUGCUGCUCCUGCUGCAGCAGCUGCAGCAGCAGCAACAAGUGCAGCAGCAAGUCAAGCAGCAGUAGCAGAAGCAGCAGCAGCAGAGUCUGAAGAUGAGUUAGUGGUCUUCAUAGACACGGACAGCGAGGGAGAUGCUGCUGAACAUACAGCGCGAUCUGCAGCAGCAGCGGCAGCAGCAACAGAACCAGCAGCAGCAGCUGCUGCCGUUGGUGCUGCUUCUGCUAGUCGUGGCCCCCCCUACCCACAGCAGCAGCAGCAACAGCACCAACUGCAACAGCAGCAGCAACAGCAGCAGCAGCAGCAAGAGCAGCAACAACAACAACAACAGCAGCAGCAGCAGCACGCCCACAGCGACAGCAGCAGUGGGGCCCCUCAUUCUCUCUUAGAGGAACUGCGUUUGCGACAGCUGCAGCUGCGGCAGCAUUUGAUGCCUCAGCCACGCCAGCAGCAGCAGCUGCAGCAGAAUACGCCGCAGCAGCUGCAGCAAAAGCAACAGCAUGCCUCAAAGUCACAGCAGCAGCAGCAACAUCAAGAAGAAUCUCGCGGAGCAGCAGCACAGGCAGCAGCAGCAGCAACAACAACACACCACACUGUUGUAUCUGAUUGUAAAGGAACGAGCAGCAGCAGCAGCAGCAGUAGCAGCAGCAACAGCAAGCAGCCACACCGCCGCAGCUGCAGCAGCUCGUUGCCUCCUUCAAAGAGAGGUAGGGAUGCUGCUGCUGCUGCUGCUUCUGAUGCUGAUGCAGCUUUAAUCAUUACUCUCAGCGACUCAGAUGCAACAGAAGACGGGUUGGAGUCCCCAGCGGAGCAGCAGCAGCAGCAGCAGCAGCAGCAGCAGCAGCAGCAGCGAUGCGCUUCUUCGAAUUCGGCAGCCUCGUGUGCGGGUUCUGCUUCACCUGGAAAUGCAGCAGCAGCAACAGCAGCAGCAACCGAUGCGACAAAGAAGCAACAGGUAGAACAACGACAGCAGCUGCAGCAGCAGCAGCAGCAGCAGCAGCAGCAGCAAAUGAUAACGAACAGCAAGAAACGGCGAAAGGAGAAUCAUCCCACUAAUCCGCAGAGCAGUUUGAACAGCAGCAGCAGCAACAGCACCUGCAGCAGCGGAGAAUCGGCCUCGCCAGACUGGUUUGCUGCUGGUGCUGCUGCUGCUGCUGCUGCUGCAGCUGCAGCAGGUGAAGGGUUUGAGGCCUUCAGCAGCGACCAAAGGAGAGGGGGUAAGACGAUCAAAGGUUUAAUUCGUAGUUAUAAAAAGGGAGGUGUCUUAUAG